AAUCAAGCCAGAAAACCGCUAACAUAAACCUCUCCAGCAGAUGGCAGAAGAGCACAAUGUUUUAUUGUUGUAAACGCCCCAGAAAUCCAUAGAAGAAGAGAGCACAACUGGCAUGUGUUGAAGGCCAUGCGCAUUGGAUUGCCAGCUUCAGAGACGCUGCAAGGUGGAUUCCUGAAAGCUUUUGUUUUGACGGUGCUGUUCAGCGUGUUUAUGUUCCAGCUGUUGAGGACAGUCGGACUGAGGGCGUUCUCCAUGGCAUCCGAGACCUACAUGUCGGGCACUCACUCUGCAGCUUUCGUCACCUGCCCUAAUGACACCGUCGCUAGAGACCUGGCCAGAGGUAUUGUGGAAAAGAAACUGGCAGCUUGUGUCAAUAUUGUGCCAGCAAUCAAAUCAAUAUAUGAGUGGCAGGGAAAGAUUGAGGAGGACAGCGAGGUUCUCCUGAUGAUCAAAACAAGAAGCUCCAAGGUGUCUGCUCUUGCAGAAUACGUUCGCUCGAACCACCCCUACGAAGUGGCAGAAGUCAUCAGCCUGCCGAUCGAGCAGGGAAACCCACCUUAUCUCAAGUGGAUCGGAGAAGUUGUGCCUGAAUGAAGUUGGACCUUUUGGAUGAGAGAAACGAUUGAUUUGGUAGAAAUAUGAAACAUUAGAUUUACUUUUUAAUUCAUGGAACAUAUCCAGAGCUUUAUUGUUGAAUUAGACUGCUGUUAGUUACUGUAGACAAGUUCCCGAACAAGAUCCUUCCAGUUUUCACCACCAGAGGGCAACAUGGAGCUGCCUUUUCAAAAGUAAAAAUUUGGCCUUGCAAUUUGUUCAAAAAUAACCCUUUUGCAACUGUUACUUUUUUAUGGUAACUAAAUAAAAUAUUUUUUUGGAAAGCCAAUUAAAAAUGUGGCAGCAGUUGGAGGAAAGUAACAUUUAAUUAAAGUUUCAACAUUUAUUUAGCUCACUGUCAACACAUACAUUUUUUUUUUGGUCCUUUACUAAAUCUGACACAAAGUGAAUAAACAUUUUUUAUUACAAAGAAGCAACAGUUUGAUGGUAAAUUUGUUAAAUCAAAUAUUUUCCUGGUUUCCUUAAAAAGAAACAUUUUUGAAAUGUGGAAUUCACAAAAUACACCAAUAAGACAUCAAACAACGUGAUUUACCUCAUUAAAUGGAUGCAAAAAUAUGCAUUAAUGAUACUUUUUUUAAAUAGAUAAGCAGCCAUUUCAUAUUUAAUCAUGUAUCCAGUGGAAUGUAUUUAUGUCCAUUUGAUGUUCGUCCGCCUGUGUGGAGAGGUAGAGUCUGUCUUUAGAAAACCAAAUUCUUAUUCGUUUGAGAGCGUCUCAUUGGAGGCCUCACGCUGUGAUCUUUGGUGUUGCCCAUCAGCCACCACAGCUCCAGAUGCUCCUUAAUGUUAAAGCGAUGUCCCCAGCAAAUUAACAGCAACUUAGAGUCCGUUUUUUAAUGACAUCACGUCAGGGUCUCUGAUGACCCUCUGGGUGUAAAAGCCAAGACUCACUCCAAUAAAAAAAAUGUGUUUUUAA